AUGUCGAACUACACAAAAUUGGAAUUUGCAGCACUUGAUAUUUCAGGAAGAAAUUAUUUAUCAUGGAUUCUUGACAUUGAGAUUCACCUCGAUGCCAUGGAAAUAGGAGAAACGAUUAAAACUGGUAAUGACGCGUCGUUGAAGGAUCGCGCCAAAGCAAUGAUAUUUAUUCGCCACCACCUCCACGAAGACCUGAAGUCUGAGUACCUUAUGGUUAAGGACCCAUUAACCUUAUGGAAUAAUCUGAAAGAAAGGUACGGGCACCAAAAAGCAGUGAUACUGCCAAGAGCUCGUUAUCACUGGUUAAAUUUAAGGGUGCAAGAUUAUAAAUAUGUCAAUGAGUAUAACUCCGCUCUGUUCAAGCAAUACAGAGAGCGUGGGUUUGAGAAAUACUCAGAUUUAAUUUCCUGUCUCAUGGUUGCUGAAUAG